UUGAUCAGAGGAUCACAGACUGGAAAACAGUCAUACGGCUUCUAGAAAUAAACACAUUCAGUUCCUGUUCCACAAUUUAUUUUUUUAAUAACAAACUGAAACAGCCAUUUUAAGUCUUUUUAAUACUUGUAGCCACAGUAUUUUUAACUUUUUAGUAAUUUUUAGUAUUACUUUUUCACAUCACGGCAUCAAACAACUCUUAAAUUGCAUUUAAUCCUGGACUGGCAGUAGUGUUUGGGAUUGCCAUCCACACACACACUCUUAAUUCACUACUAUUUUGCUUCAAAAUUUUAUGAAACAAUGGUAGUCUUGCAACUUCGAUUUUUAUUAGUUCCAUUCCUCACAAGCAUCAUGGGAGCGGCACAAUAUAUGAUGCAAGAUGCAGCACUGAUGAACUACAUCGACCAGCGUUUCCUGUCUUUAGAGAAGAGGCUGGAAAAAUGCAACCAAGACAUACUGGAUUACGUGGAAGAAUUCCGAGACUUUUCAAAGAUGGUACUGUCACGCCUGGCAGGACUGAACAGUUAUAAGGCUGAGGUUAAAAGUGAAGUAGAGAAUUUGCUAACAAGAAUUGAACGAGCACAGAGGGACAUUGACUAUUUUGGAUCUGUCACAGAUUCUAAUACAUGUAUAGAAGUACAUGAAGACCUGGUGAAACAGCAGCUAUUUGAAGAAGCAGAAGAAAAAAAGAAACUUAAGCUCAUGCUUAAUGCAAGUUGUGACCACAUGCUUGCAGGUAUUAAGUCCCUAAAGAUAUUUAAGAAGACUGGAGAUAAGCAUGGCUCUUGGAUGAAAGAUCCUGGCAAAAAGCAUACGAAGAUCUAUUUAUUAAAUGGUUCUGUAAAUAAUGUUAUUUUGGAAUUUGCAAAUAUCAUGACAUUCAUGGAAAGCAAUCAUACUCUAAAAGCUCGCAAAGUCACCUUGCCAUUUCCCUGGCAAGGAACUGGCCACAUCAUAUAUCAGGGUUUCCUAUUCUAUCACCGAUAUGGCUCCUUAAAUGAGAUAAUUAAAUUCAAUAUCCAGAAAAGAAACAUAACUGACCAAAUGCUACUGCCAGGGGCUGGAAGGAUUCCUGCUUAUCAGCUUUCUCCACCUACAAAAAUAGACCUUGCCAUUGAUGAGCAAGGGCUCUGGGCAAUCCAUGCAGAACCAGAGACUGAAGGAAACAUUGUAAUUACUAAAAUAAACCACAUAACCAUGGCAGUAGAGCACACUUGGGACACAUCAUGCAAUAGCAAGGAUGCUGAAGCAGCUUUCAUGGCAUGCAACACACUCUAUGUUGUCUACAACUUUCCUAGUGGAGGCACCUCUCGCAUACAAUGUGUUUAUGAUGUUUUGGAUGCUGUAAAUACUUAUGAAAUACCGGUAUUGCAUUUUCCAAAGCGUCAGGGUAGCCAUUCCACUAUACAUUACAAUCCUAAAGAAAAACAACUCUUUGCUUGGGGUGAUGGAUCCCAGAUCAUUUACAAGCUGCACACAAAGCAAAAAGUUUAGGAUCUUUAGCAACUUUUCAAGUACACUUACAAGCUAUCAGCCCCAUGUCAACAGGAUCAUUAAAGUGUAUUAAAAUUACAUUAUUCCCAUCUGUUACAACUUUCAUCUAUUUUGCAUACGUUUAAGCUUACAUACCCCAGUGAUCUUAAACUAAUGUUCAAUUAAUAAUAUGUAAAGACUCCAUUAAUAUGAAUUACAUGAUGAUCCAAAACCACAUAUGUACACACACACACUGCCAAAUCAGUCUUAAAGACUAAAGCUAAUUAGAACUAAAAAAAAACCCACAAAAAACAAAACAAAAAACAUCAAUCCAUCUCUGACACAUGCUUUUCCUGUCAAAACUACGUAUUCCACUUCAGCGCCAUGGAAAUCAAAUCAGAAGUCCUUCCUGUCCAAUACAAAUUAUCUGACAACUUUUACUACCCUGAAGCUCACUGUAGGAAGCCUUGUAAGCACUAUAAAAUCACACGCUUCCAGGGAAAUUAUCUAUAAAGAUAAUUUAAAAGGAGAGGUUUAUUAUAUUACAAAGCAUAGAAGAAGAUAUACAUCCUCACAAAUAUUUCUAUGUUUGUAUGUUAUUUCUAACAUGCAGUUCUUGCCCAUUAUAUCAAGGCUAUUCAUUAUCAUUGAACUUCUAGAAUAUUUCCAUGACAUUUCCACACUUUUGUUAUCCAUAUAGCUGUACAGUCCAGUUUUGAUCCUGCUAAUACAUUAGCUGCAGUUAAAUAUUCACUUCUGACAGCUUCAGUUUGCCACCUUUCAUUUUUUUUCAGUGUAUCAUUGCUUGUGUGUCAGAAGGAAUGUUCCUAGAUGAUCUGUUCCGCAUCAGACACUAUUUUUAAAUGUUUUAUGUAUCACUCUUUCAGCAUCUAGUUGUGAGGCAUUUUCUCAAUACUUCAAAUCGCUUCCACUACUCAUAGCACUUCUCAUCUGACUCCAGCAAAAUACCUAUACAGAAAAGGUGGCCGUGAUGAGCACAGUAGUGCAAGUGAGGGCAUGUCGCUGGUCAUUCCUGGUUUUGUCAGUAACAGAUGAACUGUGGGCAAACACGCUUUUGUUUCAUAAAACACCACCAAAAGAAACAAGCAAAAAAACCCACAAACAAACCCUAGGCCUUUACUUGUGAAAUACAGGUUUUUGGAUUUUAAACAAAGUUACAUCUUUGUUUAAUAACAACAAGAACCAAAAAAUGGUGCUUGAAAGGCAAUCCACAGCUGUUUCUACAGAAUGCCCAUUUUGUUCUUUCCACUGAAAGAGCUGUUGUUCUGUUCAAAAGUAACUUCAACAGAACAGCCAAACAUCGGGGAAUGAUUUCGAAAAGUAGUUCCAGCUAAGAGUGCAAGGACUGCUGAGUUGCAACAGUGCUGCUCUGCUUUUAGCAAAUAAACUAAUAAUUCCAAGCAGCCUUAAUGACUAUCACAUUAUUUCUGUGUUGCAGAAGCCAUAGGAAGCACAGUUAAAGAAAAGACAUCCUCAGGCUGAAAGUAAGGUGGGCUGGCACUGUAUCACCAUGGGUCAAUGGCAGAUUUAACUAUCUGGCCUCCUAUUCCUCACCUGUAAAAUUACAAACACAGAAAUACGAAAUGGUAUUAGCCACCUUUGGAAUGCUUCAAGAUCCUUUAUUGCAAAAGGAUGUGCAAUUUUUUUAAUUAACAAAUAAAGGCUUUUGAUGCAAAUAUGGAUUGAGUCUGCUCUUUAGAAAAGGCAUUCUUGGAAUAUACUA